AUGGUUCUUCCCUCCUUCUUCGCAUCCUCAAAGAAGUCGUCCAAGACCAGAGAUAUCCCCAACCUUGCCCCCCGACCCUCCCCCCAGGCUAACUCAGGCACCCCUCCUGCCUCGCCUGACAAGCACACCCACUCCAAGGUCAAGGACCGGGAACGCUCCUCCAGCCGCCGCUCGAGCUCCUACUCGUCCAAGCGCUCGUCCAAGUACGACCGCGACUCCCACCCGCUAAACCUCCCGCCCGAGGAGCGCCAGCGCCUGUCCUCGCAGAUGUCCGCCAUGGACCAGCCCACGCCCCAGCCAAUGGACGUGGACCGGGACCACUCGUCCUCGCCCGCCCCCUCGAGCCCCGUCGCCGACACGCCCAAGACGAACGGCAACGGCGCCCCCGACGGGCCUGCUCCUCCACCACACCGCUACACCAAGAGCCCGCCGCCGCCCACUGCAAACUACGCCGCGACCCCCGAGGCUGCCACCCCGCCCGCUGAGCCCCCGACGAUAGACGCCGAGGAGUACAAGGCGGCCGGCAACAAGUUCUUCAAGAUCAAAGACUACCCGCGGGCCAUCGAGGAAUACUCAAAAGCGAUCGAAGCCGACCCCAAAAAUGCCACCUACUACUCGAACCGGGCCGCCGCCUACAUCUCCGCCAACAAGUUCUACGAGGCCAUGGAGGACUGCAAGAUGGCCGACGAGCUGGACCCCAACAACAUGAAGAUCCUCCUGCGGUUAGGCAGAGUAUAUACUAGCCUGGGCCGGCCGGACGAGGCUGUGCAGGUGUACGACUCCAUCAAUGCCACGGCCAAAGACAAGCAGCCCGCGUUGACAAUGCAGAAACACCUCCGCAUGGCCGAAGACACAUCACGGAACGAGGGCUCGGGUUCCAUGGUCAUAUACGCCCUCAACGAGGCUGAGAAGGGUCUUGGCGCUGGUGUAGACAAGCCCCGGAAGUGGCAGCUCAUGCGGGGAGAGGCACAUCUGCGCAUGGGCAAUGCCAAUGCACUCGGAGAGGCACAAAACGUAGCCAUGUCGCUACUACGGUACAACAACCAGGACCCUGACGCCCUCGUACUGCGCGGCCGCAUCCUAUACGCCCAGGGCGAGAACGACAAGGCUGUACAGCACUUUAGACAAGCACUGGCAUGCGACCCCGACUUCAAGGCCGCUGUCAAGUACCUGCGAAUGGUGCAAAAGCUGGACCGCAUGAAGCAAGAGGGCAACGCUGCCUUUAAGUCCGGCAGGUACCAAGAAGCCAUCGACACCUACACGCAGGCACUCGCAGUCGACCCCUCGAACAAGGGCACAAACUCCAAGAUCCUACAGAACCGAGCCCUGUGCCAUAGCCGGCAAAAGAGCUGGAAACAAGCCAUUGCAGACUGCGAGAAGGCCCUCGAGCUCGAUCCCAGCUACACAAAGGCACGGAAGACCCGGGCGAAGGCCCUGGGAGAGAACGGUAACUGGGAGGAGGCUGUACGUGAUCUCAAGGCUAUCCAGGAAGAGAACCCAUCGGAGCCUGGCAUUGCUAAAGAAAUCCGCGAUGCCGAGAUGGAGCUUAAGAAGAGCAAGAGGAAGGACUACUACAAGAUUCUCGGUAUCGAGAAGGACGCCACAGAGACACAGAUCAAGAAGGCAUACCGCAAGCUGGCCAUUGUCCACCACCCCGACAAGAACCCAGACGACGCGGAUGCUGCGGACAGGUUCAAGGAGAUUCAAGAAGCACAUGAGACUCUGAGCGACCCACAAAAGCGCGAGAGAUACGACUCCGGCGCUGAUCUUGUCGAUCCCAACGACAUGUUCGGCGGCGGAGGCAUGGGAGGAGGCAUGGGUGGCAUGGGUGGCGGCAUUGACCCAGAGAUCCUCAUGCAAAUGUUCGGCGGCAUGGGCGGAGGUAUGGGAGGCGGCCGCGGAGGGGGAGGUGGUUUCCACUUCAGCUCCGGCGGCGGUGGAAGUCCGUUUGGCGGCAUGGGUGGCAUGCCCAGCGGUGGCCGGAGAGGAGGACCGCCCGGUGGUUUCCCCUUCUAA